AUGGCCAAAAAGCGAACUGAGGUAACACUUCAAGAAGAAAUAGAAACGCAGGAACAAUGGGACAAUGUUCUACAGAGAGAAGGUUUACUUGUGAUUGAUAUAUAUCAAGAAUGGUGUGGCCCAUGUAAGGCUGCAGUUGGCAUAUUUAAAAGAAUGAAAUCGGAAUUGAACGAUGAUUUGCUGAACUUUGCCGUAGCAAAAGCCGAUGCCAUUGAGUCGUUGGAGAGAUAUCGUGGCAAAUGUGAACCAUGUUUUUUAUUUUUUGGCAGUGGACACUUGGUGGCAGCUGUACGAGGAAUAAAUCCACCAGAAAUUAUACGAAACAUUACAGAAAAAUUAAAGUUAGAACACGAAGUUUUACGUGGCGAGGCCGAAAGAAUAGAGAUUAAAGAUCCAGUUCUGCUUGCUCAGGAACUCGCGGAAGCUGAGGAAAGAAGACGAAAAGAAGAAGAGGAAGAAAUUCUUCAAGAGACAACUAUUGUCAUCCUUAAACCUGAUGUCGUGAAAUCCGGUAAAGCGGAAGAAAUAAUCUCAGAGCUACGAUCUAAUGGAAUUGAAAUUCUUCAACGCGUGACUUACCAAUUCACGAAAGAAGACGUCGAAAAGUUUUACGCUAGACAAAAGGAUGAGCCUUAUUUUAAUAAGCUUGUGGAAUUUAUGACAUCCGGUCCUAGUGAAAUUUUACUUUGUGUCAAGGGUGCAGAAGGAAUAAUUGAGGAAGUAAAAGCAUUGGUUGGACCUGCUCUGUACGAUGGCAAAGAAGGCUUACAGGGUUUACGGGCGCGAUACGCCACGGAUACUCUUCGAAAUGCCAUUCAUGCCGCCGACGGAAAAGAGGAAGCUGCAAGGGAGUUAGCCUUUUUUUACCCUGACUACAAUCCACAAAUUGUUCGGGUUAGGCGACGGAAAGAAGUCGUUCAUCUUACUCCUAGCUCCAGCGAAUCAGACCAACAGAUUCCCAAAGACCAAUUACCAGAUGCUUUUCAUCCAGAAAUAGAAAGAACUGUUGCUCUGUUACGCCCCCAGGCUUACGCCAUUCACAAGGACGCCAUUAUGGAAAGAAUCAAGGAGGCAGGCUUUGUGAUUGCGGCGCAGAAGGAAGUAAAGCUGAGCAAAGAACAAGCUGAGGAGUAUUACAGCGAGCACCGGGAUGAACCUUAUUUUGGUGAAAUAACUACAGUCAUGAGUAGUGGACCAAUUUUGGCCCUUCUGCUCACCCGACAAGACGCUGUGGAAACUUGGCGCAAAUUAUUGGGUCCCGCAGAUAUUGUUCAGGCUAAAUCAACUGAUCCCGGAUCUUUGCGUGCUCAGUUUGCUCCGGAUAUGCCGCUGGAUGAAGAAACUGAAGCCCAACCGGUAAACCUGAUUCACGGAUCCGCCACUGUCGACGAGGUGGAUAGGGACAUUCAGUUCUUCUUCCCCGUGGAACGUACAGUUGCUGCCAUUAAACCGGAUGCAUAUGAAAAUCGCGAUGAAAUAGUUGAACGUAUUAAAGCCGCUGGGUUCCAGGUAUCUGCCAGCAGGGAUCUACAACUCACAACUGAAAUGGCUCAAGAACUGUAUAGAAAUGUUAAGGACAAGCCAUUCUACGAAGAUCUGAUAAAACACAUGACCAGUGGCCCUACGCUAUUUAUGGUGGUGACUAGGCAAGAUGCUGUGUCUGGCUGGCGCAAAUUGAUGGGUCCAACCGACCCGGAUAAGGCUGCCAACGAAGUACAGGAAAGCACCGAGGCCAAGGGAAUGAGCAUCCGAGCAACUUACGGAAGGAAUAUGCUGCAGAACGCAGUUCAUGGAUCAUCCAGCGAAGAACACGCACUAUCAACGAUCAAGUUGAUUUUUGGUGAUCCAGAAACUGGGCUCCCGGAUAAAUCAGAUGUUGAGACCGCCGUCAAGUCUGAAUCACCUAGAGAUUCCGAAAGGGGCGAAGCCGGUGAGUCAGUUGUGUUUAGUAUCACUUCGUCCAUACCGAGUUGUUUUAUUAAAUUUUAA